AUGGCUCUCAAACCCCCUAAACCCUCUUCUGUCACUGAUUUCGUAGUGAUAACCUAUGCUGUUAUCACGACUUUUCUGAUAAUCGGAGCCAUAUUCUUCCUGAUUUUUGCACCGAUAGUCGCUGCUAAUUGGAUUCUUGCCGCCGCAAUCCUCGGCUCGGUUCUAUUGAUUUUCGGGGUGCUGAGAUUGGUGAAAUGUGCGAUGGAUUUGUGUCAUGAGUACUUCGAUACGGGAAGAAUAGAGCGAACGAGGAAUGAGAUGAUGGUUGGAUUGAGUGGAGUGUGGAUUUGCAGUACGAUACCGAGAAUUGCAGUUUAUUUAAUUGGAACUAAUUAUCAUCUAUUUAUCUACAUCCUGACGGUCUCUCUGCUGACAUGCUUCAUAUUCCAUUUCCUCUUCAACUACGGCUUCAACCAGUGGUGCAAACUCAAUUAUGCCAACAGCUCUGUGUCCGAAUUAGGCCUUAUCCCAUUUCACAUUGUCUUGUUCGGAUUUCUAGUCCGUAUCAAUGCAGGUUUGGAAGCUACAGAGGGACAAAUAACCGCUUUAUUUUUCGGUCAACUCGCUAUGACUUUUCUAUCUUGUGUCAGUAGCUACGAGCUAUCUGUUGUCUUCCAAAAAGGGGGACUAAUCUCGCAGGGACACAAAGGAAAAAUCAAUAAUUCUGUAGAUCAAAUGACAUAUAUGCUCGUCCCCUCUUUCGCUACACUUCUUGCCAUACUUUCAAUGGUUUUUAUUGGAUUUUCUACAGUAUCCAAUUAUUUUCCUACUGUAGACUGGACCGUUGGAGGUAUAACUGUGGCAUCAUGUCUGCUGAUUGUGAUUGUUCUUGGAUUAUUCAAAAUUUUGAUAGUUUUCAUCCAUGAAAAACUGAAAAAAAGAACGUAUGAUUUGGUUUUGACGGAGACAAUCAUUGGAUUCUUUGGAAUUGCAAUUUUCGCGUUUCUCCCAAGAAUUGCGGUGUUUGUCGUUGGGUGUAAUGUACCGAUCUACCUCUCCUCCGUCAUCAUCUCCAUUUUCACCGUCCUCACCGUCUACCGUCUAUUCAUUUCUCCCAACCAACACUUAUGGCGUCUCGAUUUUUCCAAAAACUGCAAUUUGAUACUCAUCAUCGUCGGAAUUCAUAUAAUCAUAUUGGUGGCUGCAAUCCGUUUUGCUAUCACCUAUGAGAACGCGAGAGAUAUCGAAGUGAUUAUUUGGACUCAAGUCGUGUUUUCAUUUCUAUGUCUUGCGUGUGUAAUUGACUUGGCUGUGGUGCUGAAAGGAGGACUGCAGAUGGUUAAUGGCGGCAAUGGGGACAUUGAGAUGGGACCGAUGAAGAAAGUGAAAAAGGAAAAGAAGGAGAAGGCAACAGGACCCGAAUGCAAGAUCUGCAUCCUCCCCUUCAACCCAUCUACAGUAAUCCCCAAGAUUCUCAAAGAAUGCGGACAUACCGUAUGCGGAGGGUGUGCGGAUAUGCUGAUUGGAAAACAGCAAUUGAAUGAAAUCGUUUGCCCAUUUUGUCAAAAGGCUACGGUAGUUGGAGGGGGAACAAAGAAUCUUCCGAAGAAUUACGAGUUGUUGGAAUUGAUUUAA